AUGGCAUCCAGAUCAAGUGUUCUCCUUUUAUCUGCCUCAGUUGCAUGGGCUGCGUGCCCCAAUGGCGGUGUGGAGAAUCACGGGCGCUGCUGGUAUCUAGGAGCUGAAGGUGCAACAUGCGGCCAGACUUGCGCUGCACAGGGGCUAGCUUAUGACCAUUUCGUGGCAGCAGAUGCCACGCCGAUGGUGCCCUCUCUUUUGGGGCGAGCCCCACGAACAAAGCAGUUUCCAUGGGGGAGAAUCGAAUGCUACGUUCCCAGUGCUGACCGCUAUCACACGGCCAAGCCCACGCAGAGCGCUGACACUGGUGAUAAUGGAGCUCCGCAGGACUGGUCUGUGAGCAUAUGUCGCCUUUCCUGCGCCUGUGCGGGAAGUUCUGCAGCUGCAGUUGGCUUUCCGGGUUGUAUGCAGCCGAGCGUGGUUCUGCGACAUGCCGGCGCGCAUGCAAUCUUUGCCGAUGUUAGCGUGUUUGGAGCAGCAGGCUGUUGGCAGAACGACUGCAAGAACUCCGACAAGUUUAUCGCCGACUCUCCGGUCCUUUGUGCACGCACAUGUUCUGAGCUGGGCGACUGCACACAUUGGACGUUUGGUGAACAGGACGGUGCACAGAAGUGCUUCUUUCGCAAAUCGGAUGGUGGUCGUGAAGUCCUUGAAGGUUGGUCCUCAGGCACAAAGGCAUGUGCUCCACCCUCUCUUCCUGAAGCUUUCCAGGCGUUGAAGGCGGCAGACUUGUUGAAGCGCUGCGAUGCUGGCCUGUCUGAUGCAUGUCCGGACAUGGCAAAAGCCGUGAACACAUGGCAGUUUGCCAUCAGAAAUCUGAAGAAGGCUGCUGGAUCCAAGCUAGAUGCAGGGACCCUUCAGUAUGUCAAUCAAAUCGAGGUGCGCGAGCAUGUGUAUCAGUCAUCGAGCGAGCGAGUGAUGAAAGUGAGAGAGGCAAAAGAAGAAGACAGCAACAUAAAACGAACGAGAGCCUGCAGCUUCCACAGCUCCCCUACUGUGAAGUCGCGAGCCUACUCCUCAGAGUGA